AUGGCUAGUGGAGUGGCCGCGGUCCCGCGGGUAUCGGGAUCUCCUCACAAGGGUAUGAAGACCCCUAAUCUACCUGUCAUUGAGCACCCUAUGGCCAAAUUAGGAAAUAAGGGUGAUCUCAAUAUUCGUGGAUCCUCCAGCAUGGGACCAAGGAAGGACACCGGACAUGGCCUUAAUUUGGAUUUUGGUCCCAAAAUGAGUACUAACGGCCCUGUCGCCCCGGGCAGUAGGGGCAGGGACAACGGAAACCCAUCCCUCUUCAAGAGCGCACCAGAACGAAUCAUACAGUGGCCCCCAGUAUGUGACUACACGGCGCCCUUUACAUAUCGUCGGUCGGCCGCCGAAAGGGUGGGCCUGAUUCCCCAGAGUCACCCAGAAGAAAUAAGUAAACGGAUGACAGACGUCAUUCUUCCUCCCAUUGAGAAUCUUGGGGAGGACGAAUUUGGCAAGAGCAAACCUUCGUUUAAACUCCCAUCUCUCGACCAAAUUAUGGACUUGGUGGAUGAUAGAUCAAAAGACGGUCGUGGAAACUUUGAAGGAAAGCGAUGGACACAUCGUCCUCACGGCGUCGGAUCAAUUCAUACUGAUCAUGUUAUGGGUCCAAAGGCUGCCACAGCACGGACAAAGAAGACAGAUCAUUCCAAUCCAAAUUCUAGGAGCCAGUUUGAGGUGGCAACCAUGGUGAAAGAAAAGCUGAACACCGGACCUAAUAGUCUCAGACAUUUAUUCCGGUCAAACGACCCCACUGGUCAAGGAAACGUUACGAAAGAGGCGUUGCUUCGGAUCAUCUAUACCAUGUGCGGCUAUAUUUCCACUGAUCAGUUCAACAAAUUUCUAAAAAAAAUUGGUCUUGAAGGACGAGAACCUAUAUCGUUUGAUUUGUUUGUAAGCUGUUUUAAAGAAACUGAUGCCGUGAAGAAAGAGUGGGUAAGCCCGGUACAACGAGCUCUGGCAGACAGAGGAAACAGAAAGAAACAUCCUGAGGAGAAUUUAAAAAAUACAGACAUGCUUGUUGAGGAUCCUUACUUCUCAGCUCCCUUUUCAGACGACAUGUUCAAACAGAAAAUCAAAACAGUCGAUGACGCCAGGUUGGUUUUUCCUGCCGCUUGUUUUGAGCCUAAUGGAAUGAUUGUACCGCCACAACUCCGCGAAGCCUAUGCGCAGCUUGGUAUUUAUAUGAUCGACCGAGAUUUCGAUACCCUGUGGAAGAGGUAUGACAAGGAGGGCAUUGGAGCCAUUUUUACGCACAGAUUUCUAAAAAGGGUCGGUAUAGAUACGGGUCGACCAAAGUCGCUCACAGCACGAGAUUUACCCAUGAGACAUCAGAAACUCAAAGAGGAAGUGAAGUCAAGGCCUCGCUCUGAGGCCACGGGUUUAAGUCCUAGAAAUGGCUCACAUCCUGUAAAAGAAACAAACGCUAAGGAAUCUCAGGACAAACCGGCAUCUGCCGAUAGUAAAAUGAAUGUGGAAGUGUUUGUGACAACAGAUAUAAAAGGACCAUUAAGUAAGGAUAAUGAGGAGGCUACUACACAACAAGACGAGGGACGGGCGGAGAGUGCGCCGGACAAAGCAACAAAGGAUGUAAAGCAAAGGGAAACUCCUUCAGGAACGCCGUUAUCUAAUAUCAAAAUUCCAAAACGAAGGAAAAGUGUCAAGCUUGACAAUGUUGUAGAUUGUCUCCAUUACAGGUUUGAGGAGUCCUACAACGCUAUGCUGACGGCCUGUCAGCUGUUUGACUACCUGAGUGAUAACUAUAUAUCUCGUAUCGACUUCCGUCGGUGCUUACAGGAAUUCGGCUUCAAUGUCACUGUAACCGAUCUAGACAACUUCCUAGCAAGAAUUGGAAUUCGUUCUGUGCGCGGCCAACUCAACUACAAGGAAUUCCUGACAAAGUUUCAGAGUAAAGCUGAAAACAGUAUAACAAGUCGGACAGUUACGAAUAAGUAUCAUAUGUUCCAAACUGACUCACUGCCUGGGUCAAAGAGUGGACUUUCAGCGGAGGAGCUGGAAGGCAAACUGGUGGAAUAUUUUCAUGGCGACUUCAUCAAACUCAUCUCCUACUUUAAAUCCUGUGACAAGUACAACUUGGGGGUUAUUACUGCCCAUGAGUUCCGAUGUGGAGUAGAACGGAGACUAGGCUAUCAAAUCUCUGAGAAACAGUGGGAUCAGCUUCAGUCGGACGUAGGACAGGAUAAUGAUGGACUUAUCCCGUAUCACAAAUUCCUCCAAAUGUUCGAUAUUAUACCUGGAUCCUGGAACAGGAGGAUGGAGGAAGGAGUAGCCGUUGUCCAAGUCAGUGCAAACGACAUGAAUCAUGUUCCGGAACUGGACAAACUCCGAGAGAAGGCCAAGACACACAUGGUACCACACGAGGUGGAGAAACCAAAAUCUGACGUCAAAACAUUAGAGGAUAUCAAUGCCUUGAUAGAAGAUCUGUUUAAAACCAAAUUCCACACAUUUGAUAAGCAUUUCAAGGAGAUGGACAGAAAAAUGAUGGGACGAAUGAGUAAAUGGCAAUUCUGUGCCCUGUUAAAACUCUGUGGUUUGACACUGACACAGCCUGAAAUGGACAAACUGUGGGUGUCACUCAAUGUCGCUGAUGAUGGCAUGUACAGUUACAGUUCACUCCUAAAGAAUUUCGUCGAUUUCAAAUCAUCCACUUCCGAAAAGAAAGAGACGGUCACGCAAAGUGAUAACACUAAGGAAUUGAUAGAGGAGGCAAAACGAGUACAACGGGAACGCCGAGAGAAAAGGAAAGCCAAACAACAGGAGGAGGCCAAACCACAGUCCCGAGGUAUUCCAUCACGCACAGCGUCCGCCACCAGCUUCCCACCUCCCCCACCGUCGGCCCCAGCGUCAAUCAUGUCAACCAAGAGUGUCCGCACUAAGGAACUUUUGGUGAAGGUCAAAGAAAAUGUAAUCAAUAACUGGGAAGGACUGAAAUCCGUUUUUAAAUUCAUCGACCGAAAUGGAUUCGCAACUAUUACCAUGAAAGAAAUGUUGGACAUAAUGGAGAGUAUGAACUUUUCCUUGACCUCAGACGAAAAGAAAGAACUAUGCCAACGGUUUGACCUCCAACGAAACGGAAGGUUUCACUAUCUAGAGUUUAUGAAAUGUUAUUCACAAAGACCAGAAACUUCCGAAAAAGCCAAAUCAUUUGUGUAUAGUAAACAUUCGCAUACACUCACGAAAAAGCAAAGAGAUGGAACGUCCGUAACAGUGGCUCGAGUCCUCUCUGGCAUGAGAGAUAAGCUGAUGACUGAUCACCAAAACCUACGACGGGCGUUCAAGAAACUUGACAUCAGCAGAAACGGGUACAUUUCUGUAGGAGACUUCCGGCGGGCGCUCAAAUCAUGUCGGGUGGAUCUCUCCAACGAAGAUUUCUACCACGUGAUGACUGAAUUUGAUAACAACUUGACUGGUCGGAUAUCAUACGAAAGUUUUCUCGGGACCUUGACCUUCAUGGAUGUAUAA